AUCCCACUCUAGAUGGCGGGCGGCAACUCUCCUCUUACAAUGAAAUGAGACGAAACCCAUAUCAUCCAUCUCAUCUCAUCUCUUAAUCUCUCAAUCAGCACUCUGUCUAGAGAUCUCUAUUCCUCCCUCUGACAUUGUCUGUGUACAAUCACCCAGAGAACUCACCUGGCCAACAACGGCGUUCCCCGCAACACAACUUCGCGACCACCAACACUUCUGCAAGUGUUCCAGAAACAGUCAAUAACACAACCAGGAAGGAUGCCUGAUGUCAAACGCACUGUCAAGCUCAUUACAGAGCAGGCCCCGACGGAGAAAUCCUCUGAAUUUGACGGCUUGCCGGUCCGUCGGUGGUCCGUUGAAGUUUAUCUCCUGAACGAGCAUGGAGAACAGGUUCCUGCGACUCUUUUUAGUGAAGUGACUUAUACUCUUCACCCGAGUUUCGAAGACAGAGCUGUUCAAACUUUCAAGGCUCCGCCGUUCAGAAUUGAAGAAGAGGGAUGGGGAGAGUUUGACAUGUCCAUUCGGCUUCUUGCGCCGGACAAGGAACAUGUUAUCGCUCAUGAUUUGAACUUCCAACAGAAUAGAUACGAGUCGAAGCACGUUCUUACCUUUAAGAACCCUAAGCCAGCCGUCCUCGCUGCCCUACGCGAAUUUGGUCCCGUCCCAGGAGAUGAAAAUGGUCUGAAGUCGAAGCGUGGCCAGGAUGAUAGCUCAAAGAAAAAGAAACGCGUCGAUAAGAAUAUUGAUAUGGAGAGGCUUGCCGAUGGUUUACAGAAGCUUGGAGAGGAUGAUCUUCUUCAAGUUGUUCAGAUGGUUCAUGAUCAUAAGUCACCAGAUUCAUAUACAAAGAAUGAUAUUGAACAGGGUGAAUUCCAUGUCGACCUGUAUACCCUGCCCGACAGCCUUAUCAAGAUGCUCUGGGAUUUCUCUCAGGAAAAGGGAGUUGUGUGAGCGAAUAUGCUUGCACCCCUAUUUUAAAUUAAUAUGCUAAAAUCGAAAUUCAUUGGGAGAUAACCAGCAUUGUUAAAUAUGGGGAAAAGAACCAAAAGCUGGAGAAGAGAAAAAGAAAAGGGAAAAAAAAGUCCUGCAAUUGCGUGUGCUGAAAAUACAGAUGUAAAAUAGGCCAUAUCUCUUUGCUUCCGCCCACAUCUUCGUGUCCUCUGCUGCCAUUGGCCCCGCAUAUGGUCUUUCCUUUUACUCAUAGCCUUGAGUUAUUUUUCUCUCAUCUUUUGGUCUGAUUUUGCCACGGAGUACAUUGGCGACAAGGUUCCACUUUCGUGUAAUUCUGGCGAUACAUUCACUGAUGGCAUGAGAUAUUCUGGGUUGGGUCUCUUAAUAAUUGAAUGGCAUAUGAAAGCACCGUUUA